AUGUCUCCAAAGAAUCCUAAUUCUAAUGAUUCUAACGAAGAAAGAACAAUGUUUAUAGAAAUACCCUCGUCAGAUGUACAAAGCACCGAGAUAUUAGCAGCAGAUGAGGAGGAUAACUUUUCCGAUGAUUCGAUUUUACUACCUGAUGAUACCGCUAAGAAGCAAACUGCGCUUGAUGCUGUUAUAACAAAGAUCGGGAUGGGAAAAUUUCAAAAACAAUUGUUGGUACUUUGUGGAUUAGGGUGGCUAGCUGAUAAUAUGUGGUUACAGUGUAUAGCUGUUAUAUUACCGAGAGUGCAAAGUAUGAAAUGUCUCAAUGGAUCUCAUGACCUUAUCAUAACUUAUAGUAGCUUACAUACUUACAUAUAUUAUUUUAUUGUCGUAGGACAUUUUGAAUUGCCCGAUUCACUCAUCGGGGUAUUGUCAAGUUCCUUGUUUACUGGCAUGAUGUUUGGUGCCUUAUUCUGGGGUGUUCUUUCAGACACUCAUGGUCGUAAACAAGCAUUCAACUGGACUUUAGCUGUCACUACCGUUUUUGGCAUAGUUUCAAGCGUUGCACAAAGCUUUACUCAAUUAUGUGCUAUGCUUUUCCUGUUGGGAUUUGGCGUGGGUGGAAAUAUGCCGGUCGAUGGUGCAUUGUUCCUUGAAUUCAUACCAAAAGAACAUCAAUACCUUCUCACUUUUAUGUCAGUAUUCUUCUCACUUGGUGCAGUGCUCAGUUCAGUUUUGGCGUAUAUUAUUUUACCACCGAACAGUUGUCACGAACAAACGGAAGGAACAGGCUUUGUACUAUGUGAUGUCUCUAAAGAUAACAACGGUUGGAGAUAUUUGCUGGCGAUUUUAGGAUCUUUGACUUUCUUAAUGCUCAUGUCCCGUAUUUUUUUUUUUCGACUUCAAGAAUCACCUAAAUAUUUAAUGUCACGUAAUCGCAAACAUGAUGCUAUACUUGUGUUGCGCAAGAUCGCAAAGAUUAAUGGUAAUGAUAUGCAGAUUCAUUCCAGUGACUUUCCGACAACUCCCGCUGCGAGCAAUACAAAUUCUCGUAAUGAUUCAUUCCCCGCUUUCCCUUUCCCGAAUGAACCUCGGUAUCUUAAAGUCAAAUUCAUCUCGGAUCCUAUAGCAUAUAUCAAGUACCAUAUCUCAUCAAAUUUGAAUGCAGUUAGACCUUUAUUCACAAAAAAAUGGAUUACCACAACCGUUCUUGUUUGGGGUAUAUGGGCUCUGGUAUCUUUUUCUUAUACUAUGUUUAACGUAUUCUUACCAAAAUAUCUUGAGAGUUUGGGGUUAAAUAACGGGGAAAAAGAGAACAGUUCAUUGAUGCAUGAUGUUUUAAAAGAUUAUGUUAUAUAUUCAUUAUGUGGAGUUCCUGGAUCCUUGGCUGGAUCAUGGUUAAUAGAAACUUUUCUUGGUCGUAUUGGAACCAUGUCAGUUGCGACAUUUGGUACUGCGUUAUCUGUGUUCCUUUUCUCGGCAGUCAAAUCGCAUUCUGGUGAAGUAAUAUCUUCAGCUAUGGUCAACUUCUUGGCCACACUGAAUUACGCGGUUAUAUAUGGAUAUACUCCGGAAGUAUUCGAGUCAAAAAUAAGGGGCACAGCUUGUGGGAUAGCAUCUGCUUUUGGAAGAGUUGCCGGUAUAAUUGCUCCAGUGAUAACAGGCAUUCUCCUUUCAGUUAGCAUAUCUGUGCCAUUAUACGUUUCUGCAUCAUUAUUUGGAAUAUCUGGUGUUUUUAUGGUUUUAUUACCUAUCGAGACUAAAGGAAGACAGGCUUAA